CAGUCUGAUCGUUUUUUUGUCUCUCCAGGACGGUGGUGAUAUCCGGAGUGAGACUGAACCCCCUCACCAUGGCUGCCUACAAAGAUCCACAAUUUGGGACCCCCUACGCAUCUAAUGAGAUAGUCCUGGGGUCGGAGAUCUACGUGGCGCUCUACGUCUACCCCACGGACGGGGACACCUACGUUCUCCGACUAGAGGACUGCGCCGCCAGCCCCACCGCUGACCGCAGCGACACCAAGGCUCUCCGUCUUAUAUCACAGGGGUGUGCCAAUGACAGCUUGACCCAGAUAAUACAGAAUGGGAACUCCAGAGAGGUCAGGAUGAAGAUCAGGUCCUCGCAGUUCCAGGAUUUCACCACCGUAUAUCUGUUCUGUGACGCCCGGCUUUGUGUGAAGAGCGCAGAAGAAUGCACUGCGUGUAAAUCGCAGUCUUUCAGCAUGGGGGUCACACAACUCCAGCUAGACCUGAGGUUGAAAGGUAACUUACAACAGUUAGAGCAGGGCUCAUUGUUGGCUUAUGACACAUUAUAUGGCGGGUCAUCCAGAGCAGCCAUUGUUGGGUUAUGGCUCAUUAUAUGGCGGGUCAUCCAUAGCAGCCAUUGUUGUGUUAUGGCUCAUUAUAUGGCGGGUCAUCCAGAGCAGCCAUUGUUGGGUUAUGGCUCAUUAUAUGGCAGGUCAUCCAGAGCAGCCAUUGUUGGGUUAGGGCCCAUUAUAUGGGGUGGUCACCAAGAGCAGCCAUUGUUGGGUUAUGGCACAUUAUAUAGCGGGUCAUCCAGAGCAGCCAAUGUUGCGUAAUGUCACAUUAUAUGGCAGGUCACCUAGAGCAGCAAUUGUUGGGUUAUGGCACAUUAUAUGGCAGGUCACCUAGAGCAGCCAAUGUGGGGUUAUUGUACAUUAGAUGGCGGGUCACCUAGAGCAGCCAUUGUUGGGUUAUGGCUCAUUAUAUGGCGGGUCACCUAGAGCAGCCAUUGUAGGGUUAUAGCUCAUUAUAUGACAGGUCAUCCAGAGUAGCCAUUGUUGGGUUAAGGCUCAUUAUAUGGCGGGUCACCUAGAGCAGCCAUUGUUGGUUUAUGGCUCAUUAUAUGGCGGACCAUCCAGAGCAGCCAUUGUUGGGUUAUGACACAUUAUAUGGCGGGUCAUUCAAAGCAGCCAUUGUUGGGUAAGGGCCCAUUAUAUGGGGUGGUCACCAAGAGCAGCCAUUGUUAGGUUAUGGCACAUUAUAUGGCGGGUCACCUAGAGCAGCCAUUGUUGGGUUAUGGCACAUUAUAUGGCGGUUCACCUAGAGUAGCUACUGUAUUGUUGGGUUUUUGGCUCAUUAUAUGACGGGUCAUCCAGAGCAGCCAAUGUUGGGUUAUGGCUCAUUAUAUGGCGGGUCACUUAGAGCAGCCAUUGUUGGAUCAUGGCUCAUUAUAUGGCGGGUCACUUAGAGCAGCCAUUGUUGGAUCAUGGCUCAUUAUAUGGCGGGUUACCUAGAGCAGCCAUUGUUGGGUUAUGGCUCAUUAUAUGGCGGGUCACCUAGAGCAGCCAUUGUUGGGUUAUGGCUCAUUAUAUGGCGGGUCACCUAGAGCAGCCAUUGUUGGGUUAUGGCUUAUUAUAUGACAGGUCAUUCAGAGCAGCCAUUGUUGGGUUAUGGCUCAUUAUAUGGCGGGUCAUCCAGAGCAGUCAUUGUUGGGUUAGGGCACAUUAUAUAGUGGGUCAUCCAGAGUAGCCAUUGUUGGGUUAGGGCUCAUUAUAUGGCGGGUCACCUAGAGCAGUCAUUGUUGGGUUAGGGCUCAUUAUAUGGCAGGUCAUCCAGAGUAGCCAUUGUUGGAUUUGUACAAUGUGUCUUGUAUUGUUCUCUUGUCUGCAGUCCUGACCUCAGUCCUCUGUCCCUGUCUGUCCUUGUCUGCGUGUUUUCUCCUUCUAAUACUAACCACUUAAAAUAUGAGCGCCGAUCGUUCCAGGACAAUUAAACAGAAAAAUUAAUGUUUAAAAAGAAAUAAAAAUCUAAAAUGUGAAACGCCGACAUGGUAAAGUUUACGAACACUAAAUAAUUCCCUUGCGAGAUGUUAUAUAAAAGUGGACCUGUCAUCUGAGAACCCCCUAAAUUGAUGCCUCCCAAUAAACAGAAUUAUUAUAAAUCUUAGAUGGAUAAAUAAUAAGAAAAUGCGACUCCUAGUGAUCACAUGACCCCCAUCAUGGCAGGAGUCACAUGACUCCCGACUCCUAUGAGGCAUCAGUGCUACAAUAGCUCUGAUGAAGACCAAGGAUUGGGAUGGAGGUGUUGUGGGGUCAGAGGACGGUAUGAAGGUAUUUUACGACAACUUUGGCGCAAUGUGGAGGAACGAUGGUCCUCUCAGCGUUGGUUUCAUUGAAUAGACAUUAGAUUGGCAUUUCCCAGUUGACCCAGUUUUUUGCUGGGCUUGCUGGCAAUCUGAUGUCUAUGAGGCAUCGGUAGACACCACUGGCCAAGACUUGGAGGUAGUAGAUGAUGGGGGUUGUCAAACCUCAUCUGAUUGCUAAGACCGCCUACGAGGUUCCAGCCAAGACUUGGAGGUAGCAGAUGAUGGGGGUUGUCAAACCUCAUCUGAUUGCUAAGACCGCCUACGAGGUUCCAGGCAAGACUUGGAAGUAGCAGAUGAUGGGGUUGUUAAACCACAUUUGAUUGCUAAGAGCGCCUACGAGGGUUCCAGCGACUCCCUCUCCCACCCUGCUAAGCCUAAACGCGAAGGGUCACAGUUCGUAUUUUGGGACCUACCAGCUCACAGCGAUUUCUGAGAACCGCCGAAUCACACCUGUGAAAAAUUCAAUUUUACAAGCUCCUAUGUUUGGAGGGAACUCAACACAUUGUAUCUGCAUCUGAUGGAUGUCCUCAAGAGUCCCUGCAGAAAGACCAUCCAGCCCAUCUGUAAUAUGCACCUUCUAUGAAGGAACCAUUGGGUGUCUAGUCGGUAAGUGUCCUAUGAAUUGUCCCUUGUGAGUCUCUUGGUCUUUGUCUUCACAUAUGUGACACAAUGCAAUUUGUAUUUAUAGUUUUGCACAAUUUGGCCGAUAGCCGCGGAUAUUGCGUGCAGUAUCUGAGUGAGACUCCCAGCCAGAUACAUUGAGAGGGAUCAGCCUGGAGAAGUUCUUGUCCCACCUGUCCCAUGUGCCAUCUCUGCUCCCGGCACCCCCUGCCAGUGAUGGAGGUGUUAUCUGAAGGUCCUCCAUCGUUGUGAAGAUUUACUGAAGAAAAGGCGACUUUUUUCUUAAACAACCAAUAAAAUGUCUAAUACGAUGUAA